AGAGUUAGGAGACUCGAACAUGAGAUGUCCCCUCCCCAAAAGCACAUUCAACCGAUGGAAAAUCCUUAUCUAUUCAAAUACAGUUGAAUUCCAUGAAAGCUCUUGCGUUAAAUUUCAACCUAAACUUUGACAUCUGUUUCUAUAUAAAUAGACGUGUGUGAGCUAUGGGUACCAAAGUAAGCAUUAUUGCCCCAAACAAAUUAGAGAGUGAAUCUGAUGGCUUCCAAAGUGCAGCCAAAGCUUCCCAUCAUAGAUUUCUCCAAGGAAAACCUAAAACCAGGCAGCAGCAACUGGCUAUCAACAGCCCAAGAAGUUCAGCGAGCUCUAGAAGAGUAUGGUGCCUUUGCAAUAAAAGCCUAUGAUAAAAUGCCUUCGGAGCUGCAUGAUGCCAUGUUUGAGUUGGCAAAAGGCUUGUUCGAUCUCCCUGAGGAAAUUAAAGCCAAGAACACCUCAGCCAUAAAAGGGUUUGGCCAUGAUGGGAAUUUCAAGACCAUGCUUGUUGAAUAUUUUGGCAUCCAUGAUGGCGGAACCCCUCAAGGGAUUCAAAGGUUCACCAACCUCAUGUGGCCUGCUGGAAAUCAUGCUUUCGCAGAAACGACGCUCUUGUACGCAAGGAAACUCUCAGAGAUAGGUAAGAUUGCUGUGCUAAUGGCAUUUGAAAGUUAUGGGGCCGAGAAGUACUACAACGCUCACUUGGAAUCAGUGGAGUUUUUGAUGCGAUUCCUGAAGUAUCCGCGGCCAUCAAAUGAUCAUGUGAAAACGGGUCUCCAUUAUCACGUUGACAAAGGUUUCUGGGCCAUCUUAGAUCAGAAUCAAGUUAAGGGUUUGCAGAUAGAAACGAAGAAUGGAGAGUGGCUUACUUUCGAACCUUCGCCAUCUACCUUCGUUUUCGUAGCCGGCGAGGCUUUCGUAGCAUGGAGCAAUGGCAGAAUUCAUCCUUGCUUACACAGAGUCAUGGCGGAUGAGAAUGCGACGAAAUAUUCAAUUGGGUUGUUUGCUUUUGCGAAUGGGAUUGUGGAGGUUCCACAGGAGCUGGUCGACGAUGAGAGACCGCUGCGGUUUAAGCCAUUUGAUCACUAUUCGUUUCUUCACUACUGCUUAGAUGAGGGAAGAAAUCUCACGAAUGCUAUCAACACCUACUGUGGUGUCUAACUGGCUUUCCAGUUAUGGUGCUUGCUUGCUGUUUGUCAUUCAUAGCCUUUGAAUGCCUGCUUUGUUGAUAUAAAAGUAAAACUCUAUGUGGAUUUGCAUGCUUGCUGUAAUCAUGUAUAUCAUGUAGUACAACUUGUGUAAUAAAGGCUAUCCUCAUCAAGAAAUGCACUAGGAUAGUGAAGAAAUCUUAUGGGUCUAAGACUAUUAUGUUAAGAGACAUUGGCUUGAUGUUGGACAAGAAGCACUCCUUCGCUCACUCAAUCAACUUGUGUUAUGGUA